AUGGGCUCCUGCCUGUCGUCAGAUGGCCAGAGGGGAUCCCCGACGUCUGCCGAGGCAGCUGCCUCAGGAACUAACCGGAAGCAGAGAGGUGUGACGAAGAGGCAGGGAACCAGGGGGUACUCUGAUCCACGGACGGACGAGCUGCUGCAUCGCAUCCCUGGCAGAAUGUUCCUCAAUGGAGCCAGCAGCGUGGCUUCCUUGUUCACCCAGCAGGGAAAGAAGGGAAUUAAUCAGGAUGCCAUGAUCGUCUGGGAGGUUAGAUUCUCUUCUCCUCUCGAGCUUUCAAUUCUUUGCACACUGAUUUCCUAUUGAUCUCGUUUUUCUUUCUGCACAUUACCCUGAAAAGCUACUCUUCCCUGCAUUCUUUUUCCUUCAUUCGAUUCCCUGCAUUCCUUUCAAGCGAACAUAACGAGGGAUUUCACCAUUGGAUCCCUUUUCGUGCUUGUGCUCCUGUUUUAAUGAGACCUGGUCAGCUUCUUUUGUUUCAACACUUGAUAUUAGGCUAGCCUUACUUUUAAAUACAAACGUAAUGGGAUGGGAAGUUAUUAGAGUUUCUGCUGUCUUUAGUUUUAUUUCUGUACUUGUUACACUGGACUCAUAAACUGUAACCCGUUACUUUUGUAUUUAUAUAGAUUAUUGAGGCUAAGAACGGGUGUUCUCAUAUUUUUUAACAAGGUAUGCACGAGUGGUAUAAAUAAUACGUGGAAAAAUGGUUCAGCAUCUGGCUGCAAAAUCAGAUUCAACUCUCUGGAAUUUCGACCUUUUAGGUCAUAGGCGAAGACUAGACUGAUGGGGAGGUCUGCUGUUGGGAUGAUAACUACAAUGGCACCAUAGUUUUCAAAUGUUUCUCAGGCGUUGCCAGGGUAGGAUGGUAUUUGUUUAUAUCUACUAGAAAAGUUGACCGGCCCUCACCAUGGUCUCCAUCAAAUAAAUUAAACUGUUGUAUUAUUAAGUAACACAGGAUUAAUAAAAUUGAUUCUUAGUAAUAAAAAAAUUCUGCAAAACUAAGGGUGCUUCGAAACGAACUAUUGAAAAUAUGCCAAUGUCUGUAUUUGAUAUGGCUUAAAUCGCAUGGGACUUCAAACUCUUGAUCUCCCAAGAUCAUCCUCGUGAAGCUCUUUUUAAAUUAGUGCUAUGACAUGUCUCCAAAAGUGCCAAAAACACUACUCUUUCCGUAAAAUAUCACCAGAUAUGACAAAAAAAGUAGUUCAUUUUCUAUUAUCACGAGGAUGUUUUAUCAAAACAAGGAAAUAAUUAGCAUUAGGCAAAUGAACUUUCAAUUUUUAUCUGUGUGAUCUGUUCCAUCUGGCAAAUUAGCUUGGUAUAAAAUUCGCUUCUUAAGAAAUGACUUGUAGUUCUGUAGAAUAUUUUGUAAAACUAGACUGCUUAGGGCUAUGUCUUUUAAAACCAGCAGCAAUCUGUUUGCUUAUCCCCUCACCUCACUUCACGCAUGCAUACAAUAACAAGGGUAAACCUGCAGUUAAUUGUGGUCGUGAAAUUUUAUGGUCAAAUCGUGCAGUAUGUGAGAUUAUAUGACGUGACUAAGGUUUCUCCAUGCCGAUUUGAUUUAUUUGUUAACGACACAAACCUCUUAGCUUAUUUGUCUGUUAAAUUUUUGUUUCUUGUAGAAUUUUGGAUCAAGAGAGAACACAAUAUUUUGUGGAGUUUUUGAUGGCCAUGGGCCAUUUGGGCAUAUCGUUGCAAAGAGAGUUAGAGAUGUUCUUCCUUUAAAGCUGAGCACUCAUUGGGACGUAGAUGCUGGUUGUGAUGAUCAGAGAGAGAAACGAAGGAGCUUCACAGGGAGCGCGAUUUCAGAAGAAUCUGCAUCGGUUCAUACUGAAGAUGAGUUAAUGACCACAAUGAAUUCAGACGAAAAAGAGGAGAAAUCUGAGAUCUUUGUGAUACUGAGAGAGUCGUUCCUAAAGGCAUUCAAAUUUAUGGACAAGGAAUUGAGAGUGCAUCCUGGCAUUGAUUGCUUCUGCAGUGGGACAACAGCUGUUACCUUGAUCAAGCAGGUACACAUUUAUUUCUUCUUAUAUUGAAGCAUAAUUCAUCUUUGAAAUCACUUUUCUAUGUAAUAAAGCAGUAGAUCGUAUGAAAAAGUGAGUGAUUUCGUCGAUCUUACUGUUUUCAAAUGAUUCUACGCAUACAUCCUAUCAGCAUGAGUGCUGAUCUUCUGCAGUGGGACCUAAAUUUUUUACUGGAUUUAUUUAGGGUCAAGAUCUCGUAAUAGGCAAUGUUGGAGACUCAAGGGCUAUACUAGGAACACGAGAUGAAGAAAAUACCUUGGUUGCUGUUCAGUUGACUGUGGACCUGAAGCCAGACCUCCCAAGUAAUCUUGUCUCCCUGAAGGACUAAUGUUGAGCAUACUGUUUUGAAGGGGCAUAUUCCAUUUGCAAAUGCGACCUGAUGUUUGAUGGAUAUGUCCAUGUCUUUUUUUGCAACUUUUCUCUGAUAUUAAAUUUCUGCUGCCAUUCAAUAUAGUUUUUUUCGAUGGAAAAUAAUAUCGACUUAAUUGAUCAUCUAGAAUUAUCUCUGUUACCAGUUCUGCUUGUUGUCACUAAUUGUAUACUCUGAAUUUCUAUGAUGAACUGUUAUAUUUGAAAGUAUUGUUGAGUUCACACUUUUUUAAAUGGAGAAGCAAAGGAAAGGAUGGUGUUGGGAGGUGAACAUUGACUAGUUGAUUUACUGGGCAUCUCAAUGGAUCCCUCAUUUGAGAUGUGCUUGAAAUCACUUUGCCUUCUUCAUCUGUAUAUAUUUAUAUUUUCAGUAGAUUAGAAAAUUACUCUCUGAGGCCAUGGAAUUUCUCUGUAUUCAGAUCCCAUAAUCAUUAGCCUUUUGUAAUUCAAUACUGAGGUUGCUUUUUCUAUUCCAUAGCCCUACCUAUUUUUUUAAAUUAGAAUCAAUAAUCACACAAAAUUCGCCUCAACCUUCUUCAGCCAUCCAUUUCUUGUCCCCAUCUUGACAACAUUAUGCAACCAGAAAAAUCUGAUUUCCUUUCUUAAAAUUUCUAACGUUCCUUUUGGUUCAUUCACAUUAUUUUAUCAAUUUCUUUGCUUGGGUAAGUAUAUAUGUACGGCUUGGUUUAGUAUAUAUGUACCAUAUUGCCGAAAUCAGUUAACCCUAUGGGCUUGAAUGGAAUUGGCCUGAUAAUUCGGUAUUCAUCCCUUCCGUUUUUGUGAUUAGCCUGGUAAGGAACUCCAUUGAUUGUAAUAAUCAUGAUAAAAGCUGUUGUACAAAUAUUUUUUUUCUUCAUUUGUAUUUAAUAUGAGUUAUCAGGGUAAACGGAGCUGUUGUAUCUAUCAUUUGUCACUUGGAUAGCAACUGUUUUUUGAUACCAAGAGAACUGGUAGAGUUUUGAAGUAGAUUAAUGCUAAAUCAAAGGGAAAGUAAAAUAGGAUCGCUUCUUUGCUUCUUUUGGGCCUAUAAUUUCGGUAUGUUCCAUGAAAGAAGUAUAUGACAAAGCUUCGUCACCAUGGGCUUUUUUUAUCCGUGUAGAUAUAGAUUUUUUUUAUCGAGAUUAAUGAUCUGAACUGUGAAACCUAUUGAUUUUCCUUUUGCCAAUCAGAUCAUUAAAAUAUUUACGAAAUAUUUGUGGGCAGGGUUGGGUCGUCCGGUAUUCGGGACAACAUCGCUGUAUUUCGUUUUUCAUAUUUUUUGAAGCAUCACUAUUUUACUUUUAUUCUUUUCCGUCAUGUUUUAUUAAUAGCUUGAUAAUUUAGUGGAAAACAUAACACUGGAAGCUCUUUGAGAAAUUUUAAUUUCCUGAUUGGCUCAGGAGAGGCAGAGAGGAUCAGACAGUGCAGGGGCCGAGUCUUUGCUCUUCGGGACGAGCCAGAGGUGCCUAGGGUUUGGUUGCCGAACAUUAAUUCCCCGGGCCUGGCCAUGGCACGGGCCUUUGGUGAUUUCUGCCUCAAGGACUUCGGUCUGAUCUCUGUGCCUGAGGUUUCCUUCCGACGGCUCACUGACCGGGACGAGUUCAUUGUCUUGGCCACCGAUGGGGUAAGCAAGAAAAAUUGUUCCAUCUGGGUCGAUUUUACCCUUCUUCCCUGCUGCCAUUGUCCCUCUAAUUAAUGCCAGUUAUCAAAUUGUGGCAGGUCUGGGAUGUUCUAUCAAAUAAGGAGGUAGUAGACAUAAUCGCCUCUGCUCCCUCAAGAUCAUCGUCAGCUAGAACCCUGGUAGAGGCAGCAGCUCGGGCCUGGAGGUCGAAGUAUCCGACCUCCAAAAUGGACGACUGUGCCGUUGUAUGCCUCUUCCUCGAUGUGGAGAGCCACAGCAGCGCUGCCGCAACCAGAUCUUCCUGGGAGGGCUCCCCAGAGGGAAAGGAUGAAGAAGGGGAAGACUGGUCGGCCCUUGAGGGUGUUUCCCGAGUCAACACCUUGCUGACCCUCCCAAGAUUUCUCUCUGGGUAUCGCUGA